AUGCCAGCCCACUUUAUCGGGAUCGAGAAAGAGAAGCGAACUGAUCUGGAAUAUAGAACGCAGGAAAGAUCAGCGAAUGCAGAAGCAAUGAGAAAUCGCCGACUCACGGAUACAGCAUUCAGAGAAAGGGAAAGAGAAACAAACAGUGCGGCAAUGCGAAACCGUAGGUCCACCAAAGAGAUAGCAAGGGAACGUGAAGAAAACGCCCUGAGGUUGCAACGACGAAGAGAGGUAACAGAACUGCGUGUUCAAGAACGGACGAGAAGGCAGGAAUCCCGCCAGCAGCAUGCGGUUUAUAGUACCGCUGUACGUCAUCAUGAGAAUGCAGUUAAAGAAGGCCCAACCCAGGUAUGUAAUUGUUGUGCUCGAAUGAUAUUUAAACGAUCCAUAACUAAACUAACCGAAAUAAAUUUGCUAGGAGCAGAACCGGAAGAACCGGAAGGAGGUGUGGACGCAGAUGAGGCAGAGCCAGAUAAUCCAGGUGUACAGGAAACAAUGGUAAUGACAGACGAAAUACCGUGCGGGGUGAGGAUGACACCAGCAGAAGGAUAUAGACCCCUAUCAAUUCUCAUAGACGAAGAUACGGAAUAUUUGUCUUUCCCGGAAAUUUUCGGCGGAACAAAAUUAGAGCCGACUUUUUAA